AUGUAUUUGAUGUAUUAUCUUAACGAGAAGGGCGAUCGUGUCUAUACACUCAAGAAGGUCGAUCCCAAGGGCUUGCCCACCAAGUCUGCUCACCCAGCACGUUUCUCACCUGACGACAAGUUCUCUCGUCAACGUAUCACUAUCAAGAAGCGUUUCAAGAUCUUGCCUACUCAGAUGCCUGCUCGUGCCUUGUAA